AUGACCCAAGUCGUUUCUUCUACUCCUCCUGUUCUCCCUGAACACGUCAAGAAGCCAAAUGAGGAAGAAUAUAAAAAGAGUAUUGAAAGCAUCAACGCUUCUAUCGAAAAGAUUCAAAAGCAAUUCGAUGCUGUCAAGGAUAAGAUCGCCAAGUUACCUCCCAAGGGCGAUAACUCUCGUCGUGAACAAAUCAAGACUGAAUUGGCCGAGAUACGUGAAAAGCAGGCUGAACUCAAGAAGAGUCGUAAGGCUGUCUAUGAACAAUUGGAUGCCCUGAAUGACUCUAUCAGAAAGAAGGUUACUGUCGUGAAAGGUUUCCAGAGCAAGAUCCCUUAUAGAAGCACUGAAGAAGUCGAUGCUCGUAUUUCUGAACUUGAAAGGAAGAUUGAAGCUGGUGUAAGAAUUGUCGAGGAAAAGAAGAUGCUUCAAGAAAUCUCGUUGCUCAAGCGUAAUCGUCUUUCAUUCGAAGACAUUGACCAACAACAGAACGAAAUCAAUAGAGAAAGAGCUAUUUAUGACGAAUUAAAGAAGAAUAUCGAUGAUUCUGAAGCCAAGAAAUUAAGUGAUCGUUAUGAACAGCUUGAUGCUGAAUUCAAGACGAUCCAAGAAGAUCAAAAUAAGCAAAGAGAAGCUCGUAAUAAGCUUUAUGAUGAACGUAACCGUCUGAAGGGAUUGUUAGAUGAAGAAUACAACAAAUUACGCACUCUUCGUGACGAGCAUCGCAAAAAUAACGAUGAAUACUACACGUUUAUUCGCAAAUUACGUGAAUGGAAGAAGGAACAGGAGCAACUUCGUAAGGUUCAAGAAGAAAAUGAAAGACGCCAAGAAGCUGCCAAGCAAGAACUUGAGCUGGCUUCCUUGCCUGCAUUUGAAAAUGAAAUUGCCCUCUGUGAUAACCUCUCUGCCUUCUUGGAAAGUUAUCUUAGCCCUAACCACAAAAACGAUGCUUCUGCUGAUUCCAAUGCGAAUGAAAUCGCUAAUGCAUUUGAAGGCAUGGUUAUCAAGAAGAAAGAUGAUGACUUCUUCUUUGUUGGCAAUAACAAAAAGAAGCAUGGUAAGAACAAGGAAGCUGUCAAAGACACCAAGAAGUCAGAUGCUCUCAAAUUACCUCUUUCUACCAUGGAAGCCUUCUUUGAUAUCAAGGUCACAGUACCUACCAAAAUCUCUGAAAUUCCUACUACACUUCAAAAAUUAAAAGAACGUAAAGAGUACUUUAUUAAAGAACAACCCAAGGCUACUGAAGCCAAUCGAAAGAAGGCAGAAGAAAGAAUUCAAGCCAUGUUGAAAGCUGAAGAAGAAGAAGAAAAAGAAAAGGAAGAAGAGAACAAGGAACAAUAA